AUGGGUGUAAACCUUUUCGAGGUUUACACCCAUUACGAAUAUGGUGCAUCUGCAGAUGGAGCUGAGAUGACUACCUUUUUAGCGCCUCCUUUCAAUGUUUACACUGCGACCCAAACUAGUCGUCUACAACCUCGUCGCAACUUGCUGGCAACAUUUGAUCUGCAGUCCGAGUUUGCUACAUUUCCAACAAAAAAGAGACAACAACCAUGGCUGAGGCCCAUAGUGCCGUUGCACUUUCGUUCACCGUCACUCACGACGGUGUAUCAGGGCUACAAGAAGCGGAUUGCCCGCUUCAAGAACAACUUUAUGGCCGGAAUGUUCCCAGCCAAUCGUAUCACAAUGGCAAUAGUAAUUAUGGCGAUUUCGGUUCUUUCCGUUUUCCAUCGUGAUUUGUCAUUCGGAAUACUUCCAUUCAUUGAGAAUCACAUCCUGUACUUCUUAUUUGGGGAAGGCAUUAUAAGCUUUUGCAUUUCUCUUCUAAUCUCUGGAGCUUUCAUUUGGUUUGUGCUAGUGCAGGUCAUUAGACUCAGUAUCAAACUACUGUUGUCCUAUAAAGGAUGGAUGUAUGAGCAACCUGGUAAACCAAUCUCUACUCCUACAAAGUUGUGGCUGGGCGUUUUGAAACUUAUGUCCAAGUCUGGACCUAUGAUGCAUUCAUAUCAAGGUGCUUUACCUCAUCUACCUCUUCCAUCUCUCAACGAUACCAUAGAGAAGCACCUGCUAUCAAUGAGACCGAUUCUAAACGACGAGGAGUUCGAAGAACUUGAGCAUCUAUCAGAGGUUUUCCGCAAAGGACUCGGUCGCAGACUGCAACGAUAUCUUCAGCUGAAGUCAUGGCUUAGCACCAACUAUGUAACCGACUGGUGGGAGGAAUUUGUCUACAUGCGCCAGAGAAGUCCCAUAAUGAUCAACAGCAACUACUAUGGCUUUGACACCCUCAAUGAACAUCCAACUCACAAUCAAGCCGCUCGCGCAGCAAAUGUUACCUAUACAGCUUUACUUUUCCGUCGGCAGGUUGAAAGACAAGAAGUUACACCGUUCUCUGUCUCUCCACGUACAAAAGUGCCAUUUUGUACAAUGCAAUAUGAACGCCUUUUCAACAGCUGUCGAGUGCCAGGAGAGGAGGUCGAUAAAUUCCUUCACUGGGAUGAUGCUAGACAUGUAGCUGUAUACUACAAAGGCUGCUGGUUCAAGGUGAUUGUACAUAACGGAAAGAGAUUGCUGGAGGCAUGCGAGCUUCAACACCAAUACGAAGCUAUUCUCAUGCAAGAUAUUGAGCCUGAACCUGCAGAGAGACAUCUUGCCGUUCUAACAGCUGGUGAGCGAACUCACUGGGCUAAAACUCGUCGUGCUUAUUUCCGUUCCGGCAUCAACAAAACAAGUUUGAACGACAUUGAGCGCGCUGCCUUUGUAGUCAUUUUGGACGAUGAAGAAGUGUCGUAUGACAAGAAUGACUCAACUAAACUAGAUCGUUGGGCGCAUAAUCUUCUCCAUGGCAAAGGAUAUAACAGAUGGUUUGAUAAAUCAUUCAACAUGAUCAUCUCAAAGAAUGCGCACGCUGGAAUCAACGCUGAACACUCUUGGGGUGAUGCUGCCGUCAUUGCGCACUUUAUGGAGUUCAUGUUGCUGAAAGACAUUGUGAUUUACGGAUAUGAUGAGAAUGGUAACUGUAAGGGUGAACCGAGCGUUUUCGUGAAACCUGAACGAAUCAAGUGGGAUAUCCCGGAACCAGCGCUGAAAGCCAUUGAUAUAUCAAUGGAUGUCGCUAAAAAAUUGAUUGAUGAUGUCGAGAUGGCUCUGCUGGUCUGGACUGACUAUGGCAAGGGUUUCAUAAAGAAGCUGCGCGUAUCUCCAGAUGCUUUCUUGCAGAUGUGCCUACAGUACACUUACUAUAAGAAUCAGAACAAGUUCUCGCUUACUUACGAAGCGUCCAUGACAAGGCUAUAUCGUGAAGGACGUACCGAAACUGUUCGGUCCUGUACGACACAGUCCUCAGCAUUCGUUCUCGCCAUGGUUGACCCCAAUAAAACGAAAGCCGAGCGCCUUCAACUUCUAAGAAAAGCAUGCGAUCGUCACCAAGAACUCUACCGAGAUGCCAUGUGUGGUAAGGGCGUGGAUCGACACUUGUUCGCUUUGUACGUAAUCAAGCGCUAUCUUGAAGAAGAAUCUCCAUUCUUUGACAAGAUCUUCCCUCCAAUGUAUCUACUUUCCACAAGUCAAACGCCUCUCAACCAAGUGGACAGCGAGAUGGUUGGAAUGAGUGAGGCACAACGACUGAGGCUUACAACAGCUGGAGGCGGUUUUGGACCUGUUGCUGAUCGAGGUUAUGGGGUCUCAUACAUCGUAGCUGGUGAAGAUCAGAUCUCUUUUCACAUUUCCAGCAAAAGAUCUGCAGACAAUACGAGUUCGAAAGAAUUUCGCGAAGAACUCAAACGCUCCCUAAUAGACAUGAGGGCUCUUUUCGAGGAAAAGCCUAAUUAGAGACUCAAAAGUCACGGUUCCCAGACAGUUCUUACGAAAAGAAAUGAGAGUUCAUAAUCUGACUAGUUUAUCGAGUACGUAUAUUACAGGUAGACAUUUGAACAUCAUGUCAUGUUAUCAAAAAUACCUCGAGUCGACUUUGCAUUGUUGAAUUAGUCUUUGUGAUUACUGAUUACUUGCUCAGUUGUUGUUAUAUCCGCCUCAAGAAUUCUCGCAUGCAACAUUAUUGCUGAUUUGAAGACUUGGUAUGCAAUUUGCAUUCUCUUGUAAAUUUAACUGCGCAUAAUUCUAAGUGUGACUGUAGAGAUGUUGCUCAAGUAUGUUGUGGUCAUUUUCUUUACUGUGAAUUGAAGACGAUAAA